CCCUCCCCGCGACGCCAGGACGGUGGCGGCUCCCAUGGGCGCGCGGGGCGGGGGUGGGGCAGAGCUCUGCCGGAUGCUCCCGGGGCUGCUUCCCCGCCGUGGGUGUGGAGGGGCCGUUGCGCGGGAGCUCGGUGUGGAGCGCAUCGUCGGAAGUGUCGGAAGCAGCGCCGUGUGCCGAGCGUAUCGUUGGAAGUGCAGGUGGCGGCUCGUGGGGCGGUGUCUCUUUGCUGGGCCCCUCUGGUGGUGGCUGCCGCCCCCGCCCGUGUUUGCGCCGAGGCAGCGAAGGGCGCUGCAGCACCCCCCAAUUAACAGCGGUUCCCUUGACAGAAUUCCCCUUAAGAAGCAGAAACCGAAGGGCUCCGUUGCUGCCGCUGCUCGCUGCCCUCGGACUGUUGUGCAGCACACAUGAACACACCACUUUCUCCUCACACAUUGAUCUUGGCUGCUGGAAAAACCCACUCAGUAUCCUGAAUGCCUUCAAUAUAGGACUUAGCAGCAGUGCUGGAAUUGCUGUGCUUCUUUUAAUUUAAGAUACAGAUUUCAAUGAAAAAAAGCCUUCUGUCAAGAUUUAAUUUACCAGUAUUUAGCCAAAAUCCAAGGGCUGAUCUAUGCAGUUUUUACUUAAAGUCUACUCAUUAAAAGUGUAGCCUCACUGUGCUGGCAUUCCAUGACUGGAGCAGCUCAGAGGAAUUUGUCUCAUUCCAGUACGGAGUUUCAUGACCCGGCUGCUGCUCGUGGCCCAGCCUCUGAUUGAAGACCUGGGCCAGACCUGUUGCUUUAAUCUUCCUGAAACCUGGUUUACUCGGGUUUUGAACGUUCCCUGGCAUAGCAGAAUCUGCGCAGAUUUUUCUAAACCAGACACUGUUCAGAUGCAUCUCAACAACCAAGCCCGGCUCCCCCGAGAGCCGCCUAGCACACAGUACCAUCAGGCCGCGCCUGGCCUGCUGGCACGGGCAGGUCCGCACCACAGCGACGGGCCGCGGCACGCUGUGCGCUCUGCGGGCAGCAGCCUGAGAGCACCCGCUGCGGGCGGCUGGGCCACGCGGAACGCUGCGGUUGACCCUGGCGACGGGCGGGGCGACUUCCGCGGGGCCCGGCGCGGCUUCCGGGAGAGGCGGGAGCAGCGGAUCCAGGUGCGGCGCUCGGUUCUGCCCGCUCCGCACCCUCGGCCGCCGCCAUGGCCCGCAAGAAGCUGCACCGGCCUAUCGCCGCCAUGGCCAGGAAGAUACGCGAGUACCGGGCGCUGAAGGAUCGGCCGCGGGACUCUGAGCGCUUCGCCGUGGACUACGAGACCAUGCGGCGGCCGCUGACGCAGAAACGGCUGCCCGUGCGAGCCUGGGAGGACGUGCGGAACGAGAACCGGCUGUUGGCGCUGCUCUGCCGCCUGCCGCGUUUCGGCGUGGGCCGCACCGUCACCCGCAAGUCCUGGCUGUGGGCGCACCGCGAGCCAUGCUACUGGGUCAUCACCAAGGUGAAGGCGGACUACACGGCCGAGAACAUGGACCAUGGAAGAGCUUGGGGCUACCUGACCUUCAAAGGCAAAACUGAAGAGGGAGUGAGGGAGAUUGACAAAGCAAUGUACCAUGACUGGCGUAUAGUGCCCAAACACGAGGAGGAAGCCUUCAAGAAAUUCAUCCCAGUGCCUGAGGUGACUGUUCGGUUCCUGCCAUACCCACCACUGCUCCGAGCCAUGAUCCUUGCACAGUGGCAGAAGGAGGGAAAACCAAUCAUGGAAGAGCCAAUUAUUGAUCUGGAGAAGGUCCUGGCCUCUCCCCAAGAGUGGGCAAAUAAAAAAGCUACUGGAACACCGGUAUAGAGACUUCUUCAGUGUCCUAAGCAUCCCAUGUGCUCUCACUACCUGUUAGAAGCUCAGUGCACAAAGGGUCUUACAGAGCCCCUCUGUGCCCAUUGUCCUAGGAUGUUUCCAGCUUUCUCCUCAGCCCUGUACACCUCAUCUGAAAGGGAAGAUGCAGAUAUAUUCAGACUCCUCUUCCAUAACUUUGGUUACAGUGAGCAGAGGAGUCUUCUUGGUUCCCUGGAUAGUCUCUAAAAUACACAGCUUCAGCUGCAGCUUCAGCUAGCUGCAGUUCUUUGGAGCAUAACAUUUUUUAUAUAACUUGGGUCCUGCAUGAAUCACAGAAAAAUGACUGUAAAUAUCACAGUAUUUCACAGAGCUGUGAAAAAAUGUAUCUUCAAAUGGAAAUAAAUGUUAAUUCUGCAGCACAA